UACACGAAGAAGUUCAAACAGCUGAGGUCCGAACUGAGUGAGAAGUUGUUCAACUUGUACAAUGAAAAAGUUUUCUUUAACAAGUUAGUACCAUCGUGUCCAUUGAAGUGGAACAAGAGAUUGUUGAAGACAGCUGGUUACUGCUGCCAGUCAAGGAAGGGCAACUUGAGGAGUUUCAGAAUCGAACUGUCCUGCAAAGUUUGCGAUGAUGCUGAAAGACUGAGAGACACAUUGAUACACGAAAUGUGUCACGCCAUGGUCUGGAUGCAGUAUGGAGAGAGAGGGCAUGGUGCCAAGUGGCAAUUGUGGGCUCGCAAGUCUAACCUAACACUGAAAGACCUUCCCCCGAUCACCAGGUGUCACUCGUACAAAAUCACCACCAAGUUCACUUACCAGUGUGUUCGAUGCUCAUACAAGGUAGGUAGGCAUAGUCGAUCGCUGAACACUGACAAACAGGUCUGCCCUUAUUGCUACGGAACUUUCCAACUGGUAACCAAUCAGAAGAAUUCAAGUGACCCAGACAAAGGUAUUAUUAUUAUUAUGGUUCUUCUCUUUUUCUUCUUCUUCUUAUUAUUAUUAUAA